AAUAAUUCAAAUAAUAAUAUAAUAGAAACCUAAAAAAUAUUGAAAAAUAAGCGGAACAAAUAAUCUGAAUUACUUAAAAGUAAUAAUAAUUAUUAACAAAUUAUAACUCAAGAUUUUGGUAUGUCAAAGUGCGUUAGGAAAAUUUAGACCAAGAAACAAAAUCGAUAGCUAUCGACUAAAAUUGUACGUCCAUCCUCUUCGAGUAUCAGCUGUAAGUGACAGUAUAGUGCAAAUUUUAAUUUAUUGUGUCUGUGGCUUUGGUUAAAAUUGUGUACAAAAAAUUAACAAAAAAGCUACCGUGCGUGUGAAAUAUAAAUAGUGAUUUUUAUUGUGCAGUUCAAAAGCACACACCUCUUUUCCGGUGUUAAAGUGCUAAUUUAGAAAGAUGUCCCGAAACUCAAGACCUGGGCCAAUACCAAAUCGAUGGCUAAAUUGCCCACGAAAGAGCGAAAAAUUAAUUGCUGAAAGAUUUUUGGCAUUUAAAACACCAUUGAGUAGUGCAUUCGAUGAUCAAGUGCCAAUUGAAUGUCUCUUUCAUCCUGAAAUGAUUUUUGACUAUUUUAAAGCAAUAAAGUUAAAACUGGGCCUUUGGAUUGAUUUGACCAACACAACGCGUUUUUACAAUCGUCAAAUUGUUGAAUCACGCGAUGCUCAAUAUGUCAAGCUACAGUGUCGCGGCCAUGGAGAAACACCUUCACCAGAACAAACCCAAUCAUUUAUUGAAAUAGUUGACCGCUUCGUCAAAGAACGUCCCCUUGAAACUGUAGGCGUACAUUGUACACAUGGUUUUAAUAGAACGGGAUUUUUGAUUGCUUCCUAUUUAGUGGAAAGACUGGAUUACUCAAUUGAAGCAGCAAUAGCCAUAUUUGCAGAGGCACGUCCACCAGGAAUUUACAAACAGGACUAUAUUAAUGAGUUAUUUCGUCGGUACGAUGAAGAGGAGGACCCUCGACCAGCGCCUACCCUACCAGCUUGGUGUUUAGAAUAUGAUGACGGUGAUGGAAAUUACGCAAAUUCCUACGACUCGCAUAAGCGUAAAGCAGACGACGUAAACAACGUUAAUGGCGAUGAACAAGAGGAGUACGAAGAAGAUGAUCAAACAGAGGAGGAACCGGGCGUUUCCAAUGGUGGUGGCCGUAAAAAGAAGCGACGCAGGGAGUUAGUAAUUAAAAAUGCCACCUUCAUGAGCGGCGUUCCAGGUGUAGUGCAAGUAACUGAUCAACCAAGGUUGGGAGAUUUACAGCUAAAGGUACAGGAAAUGUGCGGUUGGGAAAAAUCAGGUUUUCCUGGUGCGCAACCGGUAUCUAUGGAUAAGAAUAAUUUAAAACGUUUAAGCGAGAUACCAUAUCGAGUGUCAUGGAAGGCGGAUGGCACGCGGUACAUGAUGCUUAUUAAUAAACGUGAUGAGAUUUACUUUUUCGACAGGAACAAUACUUGUUUCCAAGUUGAAAAUAUAACAUUUGUCAAAGCUGGCAAUUUAGGCCAACACUUAGAAGACACACUUUUAGAUGGAGAAAUGGUAAUUGACAAACUCAAUGGUGAAUCUAUACCGCGCUACCUCAUAUACGACAUAAUUAAAAUUUCGAAUUAUGACAUCGAUUCGAAGCCCUUCUAUCCCGACCGGCUGAAUUGUAUCAAAAAGGAAAUUAUAGAACCACGCUACGAGGCUAUAAUCAAAGGACUGAUCAAUAGACCGUUGGAACCAUUCAGCAUUCGCAAUAAAGAAUUUUGGGACAUUCGCCAAUCUGCCUCUUUACUGGGUGAAAAAUUCUCGAAAUCGUUAUUACAUGUACCCGAUGGUUUAAUUUUUCAACCUUCAAAACUACCCUAUACAGCUGGCGUAUGCAACGACGUACUUAAAUGGAAACCUAGUAAUAUGAACUCAAUCGAUUUUCGUCUUAAAAUAAAAGUGGAAAGUGCCCCGGGCAUGUUAACUGAGAAAGUAGGCUACCUUUAUGUCGGUGGAACAACAGAAUAUUUCGCAAAGAUGAAAUAUACAAAAGCAUUAAAAAAUUUAGAUAAUAAGAUCAUUGAAUGCGCCAUAAAUCAGAAGGGCGAAUGGGAAUUUAUGCGCGAACGCACAGACAAAACGCUUCCAAAUGGCUUUAACACUGCCCAGUCGGUUUUGGAAAGUAUUCGUUAUCCGAUAACACAGUCUGGUUUACUGCACUUUAUUGCCAACUAUGGACAUCGAGAUGACAAUGACAUGAUGCCACCACCACAGCGUCAGCCUCACCAUACUCAACAUCAUCAUCAUCAUCAUCAUCAUCAUCAUCAGCAGCAACAGCAGCAGCAGCAGAGACACAGCCAACUACCCGUGCAGCAACAUCAACAACCACAACUACAAAACCAUCAUCAAACCGUCAACCGUCAACAAAAAUAAGAGAGAACACCAUGAACCGCAAUAAAUGUUAACAGUAAAAUAGAACUUUUAAAUUAAGUUUAAUACACAAAUUACGCAAAUUUUAUACGAGAGUAUAAAGUUCAAAAUAAAAGCAAGAUAACCAUAUUGGGAAAAUAUAUGAUUGAAAGCGUAACAUAACGCUUUACGUAACAUAA